AGGCUGGCUGAACCUGAGGAUGGGGAGUCAAAACUUUGACUCUUGUCAUGUUCUUGACCAUGGGCCUCCAGGGUCCUUCCCUUUCAUCCUUCCCUUCCUACCCCACCUUCCAACUGUCCUUCAAUGCCUUUUCUAUCAUGCGUCUGAUCUUGUAAGCUUCAAUUAUAGUGACUCUGAGGACUGUCAACUUCUCCUAGGGCAGAUUACCCCCCAGUGCGCCAAACGCCAUAGCUCACUCGUUAAGCUACGGAAUCGAGUGAUUCAACUUUCAUUGGAAAGCUGACGCUGCCAGCAACAGCAUAUCCGAUUUUCAGAUCGUUUCACCGAUUGGAGUUUUGGAUAUAGCUAUUCGAAGGUCGCGAGUUUUCUGGGCGUCAUAACGAAGUGCUGCAGAAAGUCCAAGGAGCCACUGAAUCAUCUGCUUAUAGCCUUCUCUAACCAACAAGUGGUAUCAGAGCCUAUUAUCACGCAUUUGGGACCUAAAAUACGAUGGGAGAUAAGGAGGACUCUGGUGGAGGUGAUACUUCAGUCCAAGGAGGCAGCUCAACCCAAGAUUCUGGCAUUGCAGCGCAAAGGGGAGCGCGUACAAGCCAGGGGUCACUGCUUAAGGAGGUGCUGAAGAACUUCACCAUUGAGAAGUUCUCUGGAGAUGGCUAUGAUGAUUGGGCAUGGAAGAUGCAGCUCUACUUUCGACAAAUUGGCCUCUUGAAGCUCAUGAUUGGAAUGGAGCCAAGGCCAAAGGAAAUGGCAGAGCAAGCGGACUGGGAUGAACGUUCAUCUGCUGGGUAUUAUCUACUGUCACAAAGCUUGGAGCUGAACCAGAGGCAUCACAUCAUGCAUCUGCUACCGGAAAUUGAUUGUGGGCCCAAGGCAUGAGCAGUGCUCAAGGACCUGCACGCUCCGACAUCGGUUGCCGCUUCUCUCAUGCUGGAUCGGGAGCUGUCCAUGCUGCGGUUGAGCGAGAAUGAACCUGUGCAGCCCGUACUGGACAAGAUGAGGGAACUCUACGCGAAAUUGGCGAUUGCAGGCAUCACGUACCCAGAGCAGACAAAGUGUCUCAAGAUGCUCAGCCUGCUGCCGGAGUCUUGGCUGCAAUUUAUAAGCGGACUCAGCUUGCCACAAAACCAAAGUCAAUGGACAUUGGAGUGGAUUCGCACCAAGAUUCUGGAAGAAGAUUUUCGUCGCUAUACACUGCGCGGAGGUGAUGACAGCACCAGCGGCUAUGCCAUGCAAGGGACAUGGAGGGAUCGAGGGCGUGGCAAUCGCGGUCGCUCUUACCACAGCCAAGGUGGUCGCGGGACUUGGAACCAGCGGGGGCGUGGUGGUGCUGGUGCAAGAGGAAGAGGUGGUCACUCCAACUAUGACAACAGUGAACCACGCUUGAGGGGAGAGUGCUGGUAUUGCAAGGAAGAAGGGCAUCCAUGGUUUCGCUGCUCUACCAAGCCCGACUGGUGGACCCCUUGGAACCAAUCGCAGAAGGGGAAUGGAGGAAAGCAACCACAUGGAGGUGCCAACAUGGUAGCUGAUCCUGCUGAAGAAACCUCCAAGGAUGACAGAGGAAUGGGAAAUGAGGAGAGGAAUGCUGGACAGUUCUACCAUGUGUGUGACAAAGAUGACAGUGGCACAGCUGUUGCAAGGGCUGGAGAGGAAUUGCACCCGCUUGACAUGUGGGUCAUGGACUCUGGUGCUGCAUGGACAAUGACACCACGUAAGGACUUGCUGGAUGCUGUGCAAGCGCCUCCAAUCUCUGAAGUGCGCUCAGCAUCCGGACAUGCAGUGAAGGUCGCUGGAGUUGGUCGAGCUGCAUUCAGAGCACCUGAUGGUGGACUGGUUGUGCUGAAGGACGUGUUACUCGUACCGGGGCUGAAGGCCAAUCUGAUAUCGCUGCGCAAGCUAGGCCAGGCCGGAGUCAGCACCACCACCAAUGGAUCCAAAACAUUCAAGGGGCUGCGAGGAGAUCGUGUGUUAUGGGAUUUACACGAAAGCAGAGAUGUCUUCAGAUCCAUGUGGCAGAUCCCUGCACUGAUAUGGGAAUCAACAAAGAAGGAGUUGGGAGAAGUAAAGGCGGGUUCUGGAGUCCAGGGGGAGUGUAAUGCAGUUAGUGCUGCAGGAGUGACGGUUUCUGCAAGGUCGGGGGAGACUGAUUGGGAAACCGCACACAGGCGUCUAGGGCAUGUGGCUAUGCCAUUGCUGCAGCAACUGCAUAAGGAAGAAGCAGUAAAGGGGCUCAAGCUUUCUGGGCAACCAAAUGAUACCAAGUGCGAGACGUGUCUGCUGAGCAAGUUCACACGGUUCCCCUUUCACGGCGUAGCUGGGAAAAGCAAGGCAGCACUGGAACUGGUGCACAUGGACCUCGUAGGACCUUUUCCAGUCCGAGGAAGUAAGGGGGAAAGGUACUUCCUGACAAUAGUUGAUGACUGGAGUCGGCUGAUGUGGGCAUACCCGUUGAAGCAGAAGGAUCAUGCUGCCUCAACAAUACGAGAUGAUUGGCUGCCGUUCAUCGAGCGACAAUCUGGGCACCCAUGCAAGAGCAUCAGAACCGACCGAGGUGGAGAGUUUCUAGGAGGAGAUCUGACUGCGUGGCUCAAGAAACAAGGCAUUGAGCAUCAGCUAACGACGUCCUAUACCCCUCAGUCAAAUGGCAUUGCUGAGAGGGCUAAUAGGACCAUCCUGGAAACUGCGCGAGCGCUGCUGAUCAAAUCAGGGCUGGGGAACUCCAUGUGGCCUCAUGCGGUGAGGCAUGCUACAGUGGCAAGGAACCGCGUACUCACAAAGGUGGCUGAUGAUAUGUGGGUGCCGCUGGAGAGGUGGCUUGGAAAGAAGCCUCCAGUGGGCAUGCUUCGAGUGUUCGGAUGCAUGGCAAUGGCGCAUGUCCCUAAACCGUACAGGACAAAGCUUGGAGCAUCUGCACUUUGGUGUGUGCACCUUGGGCUUGCGGCAGAGAGCAAGGGGUGGCUACUCUGGGAGCCCUCAAAGAAUGUGCUGUUUGACAGUCGGGAUGUCAAAUUUGUGGAGAACAUCAUGUAUGGCAAGUGGGAGAAGCAGCCGGAGGCAAGGGUCACCCAGCAGCUGGAAGAGAUCACUAUGCACUUCGAUCUGUCCGAACCUGCGGACAGCGAAGUCACUGCGCCAACGGCAAGCGGUACUGAUGAAGGAAGCAAUGAGGAUAUUGCAGCUGAUGCUGAAGUCAAUGAUCCGGAGCAGCAGCAGCAAGAGGCUUCCAAAACACCAAGUCUGCCAAAGCGAAGGAAACAGAUUGGUGGGGGGACAAAGGAUUGGGUGAAGGUGAAAGAAUGGGUAAAUCCAACCAUCUACCCUGCACGUACCAGAAUGGCAACGAGAAAGCUGUUGAGCUCCACAAGUGGAGGAGCCACAACUGAGCAGCAGGAACAGGCUCAAGGCGAAGAUGCAGUGCUGUUCUUGGGUGAUGACCAAGAGUCAGAUGACGAGGAGCCUGCAUACUGCUUUUACGCACCAAUACAACCUCCGAGCAUGGAUCAUGCGCUAGCCGGGCCUCAACGGGGGAAGUAGCUCGUUUCAAGAGAUGCAGAGUACAAAAGCCAGAUGGAGAAUCACACAUGGGACCUGGUGUACUUGCCAAAUGGGAAGAAGGCAAUACAGUGCAAGUGGCUGG